GCGCAUGCGCACUAGACAUUGCACGUCACCGCUUUUAACUCGAGGACGAUGGCCCUUACGAAGAUUUAUUAAGCAUACUCAUUUUUUAAUUUGCAUCCAUGAGGAAUCAAAAUGUUCCAUUCCUCCAUGUACAAUAUACUGGGUUCUGGACCUCACACUCCACUCAACAGCCUACAGCAGCAACGACAGCGACAGAUUGAGUCUCUGAAAGCUGCUCAUCCCAGCAUUGCAGAAAUCCAGAAAGAUGUGGAAUACAGAAUCCCAUUUACAGUCAACAACUCCACUGUCACUGUUAACAUUCUUCUGCCUCCUCAGUUCCCUCAGGAGAAGCCAGUGGUUAGCAUCUACCCUCCUGUUGGUCACCACCUCAUUGACAGCAAUAAUGGCACUAUGAUCACGAGCCCUCUCAUCAGUAAUUUUGGAAUGCAUUCAGACCUUGGUAAGGUCAUUCAAAGUCUGCUGGAUGAGUUCUGGAAGAGUCCUCCUGCCUUGAUGUCUACUGGUGCGUCUGGCUUUCCAUAUAAUAUGUUCAAGGCAUCGAGCAUCCCUCCUUAUCCGACUCCGGGCUACCACUACGGUCCUCGACAUGUUGGGCAAAGUCAGACGCCACCUCUCGCACCAGCUCAAUCUGGAGUAGGACCAGUGCUUCAUCCUGCAGUUGAUGGAGUCCAUGGGUCCCCCCGAGGUCCGACCCCUUAUGGCCUCAUUACUGACCUGCCAAUGCCUGUCCCCAUUGGAGACUUGCAGGUUGGCCUAAAUGGACAUAUGUACAAGAUGCCUGAGAUUCCAGAGUCUUUUCCUGAACUCUGUGACUUGAAUCUAACUCAACUGUCCGACAUGUCAGAAAAUGAGGAUGUAUUACUGAGAUUCUUCAUGACACUGCCUCAGCUCAGACAAGUCAUGAGUGACAAAGAAGAGCUGGUCAUCAACAUUGUGGAUAUGGCAAAGAGAAACCUUCAAAUGGAGCCACAACUUGAAGGAAAAAGACAAGAAAUUAUCGACAAGUUUGAACAGUUGACACAACGGAAGUUUGCCUUUGAGACAAAGAUGCAGCGACAACACGAUCUCAGUGAGAGCUGUAGCCUGAGUACUCUUCAGGCUCGAUUAAAGGUCGCAGCACAUCAAGCCGAGGAUGACUCUGAAACCACGGCUGAAAAUUUUUUAGAGGGACGCACCGACAUCGAUGAAUUUCUAACCAGCUUCAUGGAAGAGAGAACGCUUUGCCACAGCAGAAGGGCCAAAGAGGAGAAGUUGCAACAGUCCUUCCAAACACAUGAACAGUUUCCUCCCACCCACUAGAACACAAGGUUUGGUGUCCUUUCAGUCAACUGCUGCCAACCAAAACAAUGAAGACAUUAGAUGCACACGCACGCGUUGGGCACCUUGGAGAACAAAUCCAGCUAGCCCAGAAGCCCUUUCUUUUUCUGACAUCCAAGCUCUAAAAUUCAAGCCUAGUAACGUGAAAGAAGGACUUAGACUUAAGUGUCACCACAGAAGUGCAGAAGUGGUACAUGCAUUGAGGUCUCUGAUCAAUUUCAGAAGUUUGUGUUUUGAGUUCUAAUAGUUGCACAUGCUGUACCAUUUUUUUUCUUUUAUAAUCUUUUUCCAAAUCAUGAAUAUUAUCACGGUGGUGAGUGGGUGAACACUUUUGGAAGGAAACGCAAAUAGCAUUUGACAGUAUUAUGUUCCCUUUUACUUGUUUUAAAUUAAGCAAGAAUGCCACGAUCAUAGUUGAAAAUACAGUGGAUAAUGAACACUUUUCCGACAAUAAAAUAAAAUCACAUUUAGUAUUCUGUUUACGGGGAUUGCGGGGGUGUUAGAGCCCAGCUGUAGGCGGGGGGACACCCUGAACCGCUUGCCAGCCAAUCGCAGGGCACACAGAGACAAACAACCAUUUGCACUCGCACUCACACCUAUGGGCAAUUUAAAGUGCGCAAUAAGCCUACCAUGCAUGUUUUUGGAAAGUGGGAGGAAACCAGAGUGCCUAAGGAAACACCCACGCAGGCAUGAGUAGAACAUGAAACUCCACACAGGGAGGGCCGGAGGUGGAAUCGAACCUGCACCCUCUGAACUGUGAUGCCUGACCCCCCCCCCCCCCCCGUUUGAUUUAAUUGUUUAAAUUAUGAGUUUAACGCAGACAGACAGCCACUGGUUAAGAUUUUAAGAAUUAAAAUAAUAAAUGCAGAAAAACAUUACAUGCCCUACGAUUGGCUGGCAACCCAUCUUUGUUGUACCAUGCCUCUCACUCAGUCAGGUGAACCAAGAGUCAGAGCGCUUUGAGUACCUUUCUCGGCAAAAAAGCCCUAUCAAAGUGAAAGCCCAUCUUACCUCUAAAGAUAACAAUUAUUGCAAAUAGAUGGAUGGAAAAGCAAACCAAAUAAGUAAUAAGGCUCAACAAGAAUAAUGCGUUAAAACACUAAUGCAAUGCUUCGUUGACACUAACAAUUAUUUACUGUAUGUGGCUAAUUUAUUUUUUGCGAAUACAAGCAUCUUUUGAGCAGGUGUUACUGUGGUAAAUGCUAACUUAAGGGCUGUGUUAUUUGAUUCAGAAGUUGCGUGUUCCAACCCAAAUGCAUAUCAGAUUGAUUGGUAACUUUAAAGUGCCCCUAAGUUCUGUGUGUGUCAUGUUUAAGUGUGAUUCACAGGUGUCAGUGCGAGAGUCAUAUCAAUCAUCUAUUUCUUCCUCAUGUUGUUUCACUGCUAGUUGUGAACAUUAUUCAGCCAUUUAGAUAUUUUGGUUACUCUGAUUUUUGUGACCGAGUACUGUAAACCAUUUUAGCAGCGUAAACAUAAUUUUCCUUUGAGUUUUUACACUUUGUGAGCGGACAUCACUAACUUUCACUACUCAGUGUUGAUCAGAAUUCACCCCUGGACAGAUGGAUGAAACUGAGCUGAGCAUAUGUGGAAUAAUGUUCAGGAUGAUUUGUUUAAAUGCUGCCGUAAAAUUCAAUGACAUAACUGUAUUUAAAUAAUGUUUAUAAUAGACUUUAUUGCAAUCAAAGACUUGGACACCUUGUAUUAUACGUUCUUAUUUAAUUUGUUAGGCUAUUAAAGCAUUUACAAUUA